AUGGAUCCAUACAACCAUUCGAACCUCGACUCCAACCAGACUCCCUACCCAUCAGGUUCAAACUUGGCUCCCUUUCGUCUGGACGAGGGUUUCUCAGAAGAGACCGCAAGCCAGGAUGACCGCAGUAUCUUUGCGGCCACGGCUGCUCGUUUUCAAGAAUGGGUUAUGGCACAGGAUGAGCACGCGCGGGCUGAGAUUGCGUAUGAGGUCCUACGAACCCUCCGAACUUCAAACAUAGCCGCCGUUGUGGAAAGACUCACACCACUCCUGCAUAUGGACCCGAUAGAGAAGCUCCCUCCCGAAAUCACUUCUCAGAUCUUCUCCUACCUCGAGGCUAGCACCUUGUUGACUGCCUCGCUGGCAUCUCAGACAUGGCGAGCGCGUAUCAUGGACACGAUGCUCUGGCAGGAGUUAUACAGAGGACAAGGUUGGGGUGUUGACUCGUCCGAAGUAAAGGCCUUCGAGAAUGCUCAUGCCAUCUCGUCGAGGCGAGACAUUAAGAGAGCUCGUGGUCCGCGGCCUGGUCAACCGCAGCUCAAGAAACGUGCCACAUCAGACUGGUUGGACUCGAGAGGUCGGAAGGCCUCUGCCGACGUGUCACAGUGGCGUGAGCAGCAUGGUGUGGUCGAGGCGGAUAUCGAUAUGCAAUCCGAGACGGACGAUCAGGAAAUGCAAGAUGCCCCACUCAGCGCCCACAACUCACCUCAACGUCCGAACAAGAGACAUAGUCAUGACUCUGAUAAUGACAUGGAUCAAACAUCUAGUCCUUCGGAAGCCACGUCUGACGAAGAACUCUCGCGCAAAUCAUCAGCUCCCCAUAACGAAACUCAGUUCAAAUCCCAGUUAACAGUACAACCGAACAUGCGUGGGGAAAGGCUUAGUUGGCUGCAUCUGUACAAGCAACGCCAGAAGUUGGAGCAGAACUGGACCAAUGGUCAUUAUGCCACGUUUCAACUUCCCCAUCCAUCCUAUCCCAACGAGGCACACACAGAGUGUGUCUAUACCAUACAAUUCUUCGGAAAAUGGCUUGUGAGCGGCAGUAGAGACAAGACUUUACGAGUUUGGGAUCUUGAGACUCGUCGACUAAGGGGCAAACCACUGGUCGGUCACUGCCAAUCAGUAUUGUGCCUACAGUUUGAUCCUACUGAAAAGGAGGAUGUCAUCAUUUCCGGUAGCAGUGAUUCUAGUGUCAUCAUCUGGCGGUUCUCUACCGGGCAAAAGAUUGCCGAGAUUCCAGGUGCUCACGAAGAAUCCGUUCUGAACUUGAGGUUUGACCGUCGUUACCUUGUGACCUGCUCCAAGGAUCGACGCAUCAAGAUUUGGAAUCGCAAUCAAUUGACAGCAACAGACCCAGACUAUCCUAGGAUCAAUCGUGAGAGUAGCGCUCGAGUACCAACCUAUAUCGUUAACCCAACAGAAAUGGAACCUUCCCUGCUAGAAGCAAGAUUGGCUAAUGGCACCAUUCGAACUUUGAAACCUUACACAUUGCUGUUAACACUUGAGGGCCAUGGUGCUGCGGUAAACGCCAUCCAAAUAAACGGUGAUCUGAUCGUCUCCGCCUCUGGUGAUAGACUGAUCAAGGUCUGGAGUGUCAAAGAUGGUCGUCUGUUACGUACACUACAAGGGCAUCAGAAAGGAAUCGCUUGUGUACAAUUCGACAGCAAAAGAAUUGUCAGCGGAAGCAGUGACAAUACAGUUCGGAUUUAUGAUCCAUUCACUAGUGCUGAGGUGGCCGAGUUGAAAGGCCAUAAGAAUCUGGUCAGGACUGUACAGGCCGGCUUCGGUGAUCUUCCUGGAAGUGAGGAAGAAGACACUGCAAGGGCUCGAGAAGUGGAGAGAAAAUAUCUCGAAGAUGUAGCUAACGGUCUCAUCGUCGAAGACAGAUAUUAUAGCCGCCGCAUUAGGAAUGGGGAGUUGGGUUCUUCUCGGGUUGCAUUAGGAUCGAAGCUUCCUCCAGGUGGUGGUGGUAGCAAGUGGGGGCGUAUUGUGUCGGGAUCAUACGAUGAAACCAUCAUCAUCUGGCGGAAGAAUGCCCAGGGUGAUUGGGUAAUUGGUCAAACCCUCCGCCAGGAACCUCAUGGUCAAGAGAACGGAAAUCCUCGUGCAAGAAAUGCACAACCGCCGGUAAUUCAAAGCACCUUUCCUCCAGUCCCGAAUGCUCUCGCCACUGCUCCAGCUCCAACUCCAGUUGUGGCUCCAGUCCUAACACAAACACCUCAACCGACUGUACUGGUACCGCCACCAUCGACGCACGGUGCUGCUGGAGUGGCACGCCCGGCUGUGGUUUCUGCUUCACAAAUCAUGCAGCAGGCUAUGAGCACUUCCAUGGCAAGCCUCGGUGUGGGUAUCACCAAUGCCAUGGCAAUUGCGAACUGGCGCCAGUUGCCUGCAUCAGCCAGAGCCGGAUCAUCUUCUAGUUUCAGCAAUGCCUCGAAUUUGACGCAUGCAGCCCAGGCCUCUAUUUCCCAAGCUGUGCAGCAGGCGUUCAUUGCACACAGCAAUCAAGGACCAAGCUCAAGUCCAGCUCAACAGGUUCACCAAGCACCUGCAGUCACUCCGGCUCCUCAACAGCAGCAGCAGCAACAACAACCGCCUGUUCCCGCGCCACAAGUUCCAAACCAAGCGGGCGCCCAAAACGCUCAAGCUCAAGCUCCUGCCGCCCAGGCUCAACCUGCUAUAAUCCAACCCCAAGCACAACCACAAGGUGCUGCACAGCCACAACAGACAGUAUCUCGAGUAUUCAAAUUGCAAUUCGAUGCGCGUCGUAUUGUCUGCUGUUCACAGGAUAGCCGAAUCGUGGGUUGGGAUUUCGCCAAUGGGGACCCAGACGUCAUUGAAGCCUGUCGAUUCUUUACUGGCCCAUGA